AUGGAUGGGAGCCACUGGUUCACCAUGCAGAUGGUUUUGGAGAAACUCAUUCACAAAGGACAUGAGGUAGUGGCAGUUGUGCCAGAGGUGAGUUGGCAACUGGGAAAAUCCCUGAAUUUGACAGUGAAGACUUAUUCAAUUUCUCAUACACUAGAGGAUUUAAACCGCGAGUUCAAGUAUUUUUCUGACACUCAAUGGAAAACUCCAGAACAGAAUAUGUUUUCUUUAAUGACAGGCUCAGCCAAAGGUUUCUUUGAAAUAAUAUUUUCACACUGUAGGGAUUUGUUUAAUGACAAGAAGUUAGUGGAGUACUUGAAGCAGAGUUCUUUUGAUGCUGUGUUUCUGGAUCCUUUCGAUGUGUGCGGCUUAACUGUUGCCAAGUACUUGUCACUCCCAUCCGUGAUCUUUGCAAGAGGUGUGUUUUGUCACUAUCUUGAGGAGGGUACACAGUGUCCCAGCCCCCUCUCUUAUGUUCCCAGAAUUCUCUUGAAACUCACAGACACCAUGACUUUCACGGAGAGAGUCUGGAACCACCUCACCUACAUGACGGAACGUGCAUUUUGCCCCUAUUUUUUCAAAACGGCUGUAGAAAUUGCCUCUGAAGUUCUCCAGACCCCAGUGACUAUGGAUGACCUUUUCAGUCAAGUGUCCAUUUGGUUGUUACGAACAGACUUUGUGCUGGAGUUCCCCAAACCUGUGAUGCCCAACAUGGUCUUCAUUGGUGGGAUGAACUGCCAACAGAGAAAGCCAAUUGCCAAGGUUCUCCAGCCUCCGUUCCUCUCUGUAUGUGUCUGCUGCUUGCCUCUGGCUUAG